AAUGAAAAUCAAUCACAAAUUAUAAAACUCUUGCCACAACUCAGUUGAAAAAUAUUACUUAAAAAGCCAGAAAUAUCAUCGAUUUAGCUACAAACAUUAACAACAAAACGGUGUCCCAGGCGAGAUAGUAUUCAGUGAAAGCGCCAGCGAAAUAUGAAUUUCAUUGGCGCCGUAGGUGGUGAUGGCGGUGAUGAUGCCGAUGAUAAGGAAAAGGCAGAGGAGGAGGAGAGAGAGCGCCAGGAGGCCAUCCGUGAGGCCGAAGAACGACGCAAGGAGAAGCACCGUCGCAUGGAAGAAGAACGUGAAAAGAUGCGACAAGAUAUACGUGAUAAGUAUAACAUCAAGAAAAAAGAAGAGGUAGUAGAAAUGCAGCCCCAAGAGGAACCAAAUCCUUUGAUGAGAAAAAAGAAAACACCUGAAGAAUUGGCUGCCGAAGCUGAACAGGAAGAGCUGGAUGAUUUUACAAAACUGAAAAAUCAAAUAGAAACGCAAGUAAAUGAGCUAAAAACCCAAAUAGAGGGAAAAUGCGUUAUGCAGUGAUAUGUCAACAUAAUAUAUAUAUAAUAUAAAAAAAUAAUAUAAUAAUAACAAUAAUAUAAUUUAUAUUAAUAACAAAAUAUAAUAA